GGGAUGGGAUCGCUCCAGCUCUGAGCCGCGCCGCCCUCCCUCCACCAUGGGCGACUCUCCCGUCGGGAAAGCCCCGGAUCCCAACGCCCCCCAAGGAAACUCCAGCACUGGGGGCUCCCCCCUGAGCGUCAUCAGCGAGGGCGUGGGCGAGCUGGCGCUCAUCGACGCCGAGGUGGCCAAGAAAGCCUGCGAGGAGGUGCUGGAGAAAGUCAAACAGCUCCACGGAUCCCCCCCCGACCGCGUCCCCAACGGGGAGAGCUGCCAGAUCCGCUGCCUGGACGACCCGCCCAUCCGCGAGGAGGAGGAGGAGAACACGCCGGCGGCCAGGACGGCCAGGAAACGCCAGCACCAGGCCAAGCAGUCGUGGCUGCUGCGCCUCUUCGAGUCCAAACUCUUCGACAUCUCCAUGGCCAUCUCCUACCUGUACAACUCCAAGGAGCCCGGCGUGCAGGCCUACAUCGGCAACCGCCUCUUCUGCUUCCGCGACGACGAGGUGGAUUUCUACCUGCCGCAGCUCCUCAACAUGUACAUCCACAUGGACGAGGACGUGGGCGACGCCAUCAAGCCCUACAUCGUGCACCGCUGCCGCCAGAGCAUCGACUUCUCGCUGCGCUGCGCGCUGCUGCUGGGCGCCUACUCCUCGGACAUGCACAUCUCCACGCAGCGGCACUCGCGCGGCACCAAGCUGCGCCGCCUCAUCCUCUCCGACGAGCUGAAGCCGGCGGGCAGGAGGAGGGAGCUGGCGGCUCUCGCCGCCGCCGGCGCCGUCGGUGCCGAUACGGGGCUGUCGCCGUCCAAACGGACUCACCAGAGGUCCAAGUCGGACGCCACGGUGUCCAUCAGCCUCAGCAGCAACCUGAAGCGCACGGCCAGCAAUCCCAAGGUGGAGAGCGAGGAGGAGGUAAAGGUUGGGGUGUUCUGAGGGGAUUCUGGGGGG